UUGAAACAGAAAAAGAAAAAACAAAUGAAGUCUUGUAGUUCUAUAAUCAUUGUCCUCUUGCCCUUUGCCUUCUUGGUAAUAGGAUCAGCCUUUGCGGAGCAAUGUGGACGACAAGCUGGAGGCGCUCUAUGUCCCAAUAACUUGUGUUGCAGUGAAUAUGGUUGGUGUGGCUCCACAACCGUCUAUUGUGGAAAGAACUGCCAAAGCAAAUGCGGCGGUUCAACGCCGACGACACCGUCUACACCAACCCCUACUGGCAGCGGCGUUAGCAGUAUCAUCACCAGAUCGUUGUUUGAUCAAAUGCUGAAAUACCGGAAUGAUAACCGGUGCCCGGCUCACGGGUUCUACACCUACGAUGCUUUCAUCACUACUUCUAGGUCUUUCAAUGGCUUUGGCACUACCGGUGAUGAUGCCACUCGUAAAAGGGAGCUCGCAGCUUUCCUUGGUCAAACCUCUCACGAAACCACAGGAGGAUGGCCAAGUGCACCGGAUGGUCCUUAUGCAUGGGGUUAUUGCUUUGUGACUGAAAACAACAACAAUGAUCGUUAUCGUGGUCGUGGACCUAUCCAACUCACUCAUGACUACAAUUAUCGUCAAGCAGGUCAAGCAAUUGGCGUUGACUUGAUAAACAACCCAAAUUUAGUUGCCACGGACCCAGUUAUAUCAUUCAAGACAGCUAUAUGGUUUUGGAUGACCGCACAAGGAAACAAACCAUCUAGCCACAACGUGAUCAUAGGAAGAUGGACACCGUCCGAUGCUGAUAGGUCAGCAGGUCGGGUUCCGGGCUACGGUGUGAUCACGAACAUAAUCAACGGUGGAUUGGAGUGUGGGAAGGGUCAAGAUAAUAGGGUGGCUGAUAGGAUAGGUUUCUACAAGAGGUACUGUGAUUUGUUAGGAGUGAGCUAUGGGAAUAACUUGGAUUGUUAUAGUCAAAGGCCUUUUGCCUAAACGAUUAUCUUAUCUUAAAAUAUUAAAAAGAGAAUGAUCUCUUGAUCUGACUCCGUUAAACAAAGUCAACAGAAUAAUAUGUAAUGGGAAAGUUCCUUUUUUCUCAUCUUAAUAUAUGGUUUUAUAUGUAUCUUUUGUUUUUUUUAUUU